AUGGCCACGAGUUUCAGCUCUGAUAAUCAUGCAGUGGGCCAAUUUGCAUCCCGAAUAUGCGUCCAAUGCAAAUCUAGCAAGAAGAAGUGUGACAAGACUCUACCUACCUGCAAUCGCUGUUCCAGGCUUUGCCUCCCUUGCACAUAUGAUGAUGCAGCGGAAACGGGAACAAAAGAUUUCACUGCUCAACUCCAAGCCAUCUUCGACAGGCUGGAGAGGCUCGAGUCACGGGUUCUUGCGUCCGAGGCGGAGCGACCUUCUGGGGAUCCUGACCAACCCUCUCACCUAAACAUCGAGACAAAUGAAACCAACGGAUCAAAUUGGCAGUUGAAACCCGGUCUGCUUCAGCCGUCUUACUUGGGGCUUAUCGUAGCAAUGAAUCUGUCCAAGACUCUAGAGGAUAGAGGCACCUCGGUGCGGGCAGUGGGCGAGAAAUAUCUCGACUUAAUACACGACCACCUGCCGGCUAUGUCCCGAGAAAGACUCGAGUGGCGAAUCCAAGAAUCCGAAAGGCUCGAACGGAAUGGCCCUUUCUUAAUCUUCAUUACGAGUAUUCUUUUACUAACAGAGGCGGCGGCGGAUAGUUUCGUUACCUCCAGCACGUCAUCUCCUCCAGAGUUGUACCGGGUCUGCAAAUACACCCACUCCUUAUUUGUAUCACUAAAGGAACCGUGCAUCGAGCUGAUUCAAUCGGGGGUAUUGAUUGCGCUGUACGAAUAUGCUCAAUGUAUGGAAGAUCAAGCUUAUCUCACAAUUGGCACUUGCGCCAGAAUGGCAAAUGCCAUUGGACUAUACUCAGCUGCAUCCGAUAUUUCUCGGACAUCAGAAAUGACGAACGAUCUAGAGGAGAAGAUGAAUAUUCUCCUUGGAAUCUACAUUGUUGACAGGUAG